AUGUCACAAGAAAAUUCCAAUGGUAGAGCGAUUUUUCUUUCAGACAGGGCGAGACCUUUGGCAAAUUAUCCUCAUGCCCGAGUCGCUGGAGGAUUAAUCUUUGUAUCUGGUAUAUCUUCACGAAGGCCUGAUAAUACGGGUAAGUUGGAAAGCACAGGUUCGGUCGAUUCUAAAAGUGAAAAGGAGCUUCCUGGUGGAACGUUAGAACUUGAUAUUCGAGCGCAAACAAAAGCUGUAAUUGAAAACUUGGAAACAAUCCUUAAAGAAGCGGGUGCAUCAUUAAAAAAUAUUGUAGACUUGACAGUCUUUUUAGUGAAUAUGGAUGAUUAUACUGGCUUUAACGAAGUUUACAAUACUUAUUUUGAAGCACAAACUGGACCAGCUCGAACUACGGUGGCUGUUAAACAACUUCCUUCGGUAAUCGUGCUGGCUGAUUAA